GUUGCACUGAUGCCCAUUAGCAUAUUAGGCUGUUACCACUCUGAUGCUGCCUGUGAUCAGUGUCCCCAAAGAACCUAUAAAUAAGUAACUAAGCAGCCCGUCCUAUGCAUAUUAAUUAUUUGUGGGCCAAGAAGACAAAACUUUUGAAGGUGGCCCUGCCUCCUCUGCAGGUCCAAGUAGUCUGUCCUCCAGACACUGAAAACCAUGCAGCAGCACUUCCAUGAACCAGGAGCACACUGAGGCACAUCACACACAUUAAAAAGAGUGAAAAUCAGCAUCUCCAGAGGAAGAGAGGGGUGAGGGGGAUAAAGUACAUGUUAGGCCAUUUCACAGGAUCAGGGAGGAGCCCAAGUAUCUGCCUUGCCAUACGGCAUAGCUCAUGGCACUGGGAAGUGAAUUCUGCUGGCAUGGGGCUCCCUCUGUUCCUGGGGACUACCUGUCGAGGUACUCCCAAUGGGACUAUAAUUGACUGUCUGUAGGUGAUAUAGAGGUGACUAUAUUUCAUUGAUAAGUGACAUAGUUUAAGAACAGCAGGAUGCAACUUGGGAAAAGACAGUAAGGAAAAAUUAGGGAUGAUGACUUAGCCUGUUGAGAAUGGUGGUCAUGCUCCCAAACAUGAGAAACCUCUUACUUAGCCCUCCUUCCUUGAGGGGGAACCAUGGUGUUUUCCAAACACUAGGUCAAAGCUGACUCAUCCACUACCUCCAUUUUCUGUGGUGGUCUCAGAAUUCAGUGUCAUCGUACCACUGCCCUUGCACAGAAUGCAUUUCAGAUUUACAUGGUCACGAUGGUCGUUUGCAGGUGACGUCAUCUUGGAAGAACUGCAGAUGCCCUAAAUAGGUGCCAUAGCUGUUUGUUCAUUUUCUUCUGCUGGCUGGUGAAUAUGGAUCAAACACUCAACCCAUGCAACAUGUCUUGCACCAAAAGCACACACUUCUGUGGAGAUGAUAAGAUGCUUAUAGACCCUCUGAUGCUGAAGAAGAAGCUCAAUAGGAUGGCAACAGAGCCAGGAGCCUUUGAGGUUCUCAGCAGUCUGCUGCUAUACGUCACUGAGCUCGCAGCUGGUGAUCCAGAGAUCAGCAACAAGAGGACAAAAUGGGCAGAAGGUAAAGAAAACCAGGUGAGCUCUAACCAGCCAUGUCCAGGUCCAGUCAGGGUUCAGUAUCCAACCAGAUUUCAGCUCUUGCGGUCCAGGUUUCUAAACAACAAUCGUGAGCCGUACACCAAGAAGAGAAGAGAAGUUGGCAAACUGGUCAUUAAAGAGAAGCUGUGGAUGAGCAGGGCUGGUAACAAGCUGGACAGAAGUAGAGACAGGAAGGGAGAUGGAAAAGCAGUGGAGGAGGAUGAAGACACAGCACCCAGUGAGAGGGCAAGGUGGAGUAAUGUGCCUGGAAAAAACACAGUGAAGAACAUCCUGAAGAAAUUUUUAGCUGCUGAAGAAAAAGAAGCGAAGGAGAAGUCUCCCAGCUGGAAAAAGAAGGGAGCAAACAUCAGUUUGCCAAAAAUAGUCAACAAGAAUUCAGUCCUGUCCAAACUGAAGGAGCAGUUUGAACAAAGUGCUUUCUGCUCAGCUGCAGAGGUGAAAGCAUCCCUCUUGCGCAAAGGUGAAAGAAAGACUAAAAGCUUUCAGAGCAGAAAAACUAUUCAUAAGCCUGAGGUCAGAAUGCUGCGCAUGGCAGCAAUGACAGCCACAGGUAUAAAGAGUCCAGAGUCCCAAAAUUUAGUGUGCUCUAUGGUCCCAGUGCCCAGACUAAGCAUGGCUACAAAAAUUAACCAUCCCUGGAGCUGGUCGAAAAAUAAUGCCACAAACCAGCCUUUUGGUCAGGGAACACUACUGAACGAAAAGGAAGGAUCCAACAGAGACCAUGGAGAGAACAAAACACUGGCAAAUGCAGCACAGGACAGGGAGGACAAAGAAGAGUUACUCGUGGCACCAGAGGCCAUGUUGGAUGCAAAGGACUGUGCUAAAAUAGAUUCCACAAACCAGGCACCCAACUUUCAUCCUGUUCUAGGUAACUCUUCAACUACUCAUAAAAACAAAGCUCUUGCAGACUGCAUUCCUCCCUUAUCAGAAUGUGGUCUAGAUUGUGACAGAACUAACAUGCCAGCUGGGCCUGACACAUCUUCACUAUUGGGAAUUACCAGUGUUCUGCAACUUGUUAAGGAAGACAGCCCACCUUCUGACUCGCCUGACUCUAGCACAGCUGAAGAAUCCCACGAGCAAAGCCCUCAGGAUACUAAACCAGGAGAGAUUCCUGAAAUAUCGCUGUAUGUAUACAGCUCAGAGGAAGAUGACACAGAGCUCACAGAGUCAGAAGAGGAUCCUUUCUUUGCAGGCCAAAAAUGUUUUCCAGAGCAGAAAGCGCUGGAAAACAUUCUGCCAUUUUACUCUCCAAGAUUUUCAGCAUCUUGUGAAGUUGAGUCUCCAAUGGAUGAUCAACAGCUAACUGUCCUAAUACCAGCUUCUGGCACAAAGCCACCAAUGGUCCAAAAAGAGGCACUGGAUUUAAGACGCAAAUGUUCUGAGGAAGCAAAAUUUCACAGUGAAGACAAAAUGUCUUCUAGCAAAAAUAAUAGUUAUAUCCCACAUAUGGAGGACAAGGAGAAUAAAACACCCAACAGCCAAAUGCAAAAUGAAUUUAAAACUACGCAGCCACAGCCUCCUCAAAUCAAUUGUAGCUCCCAAAAUAGUGUUUCCGAUGUGGACAUGCCAAUUCCAGGUGCAAAUCAGAACAAACCUAUACUCUCCUCAAAUGAGAGCCUGGAGCCAAAGCCUGGUGCUGCAGAAGAAAAGGACACCUCUUCUCCUUUGGAAAAGACACAAAGCCCUUUGCCAGGUGACCUUGUAAAGCACAGUUCCUUUAUUUCAGAAGAAGAUUUGGGGACAGAUAAAUUAUCUUCAUCAAAUGAAAUGAUGAAUCACUCAAACAAUCAAGCCCUGCACAGGAGUUCCUUAACUGACCUGGAGACCUGCCACAGGCCAUUUGAAUCUUUCAUUGAGCAUGAAGAGGACACUGUGGAUGAGAUGCCCUGGCCUGACUCUGAGGCAUGGAAGUCACCCUUGUCAACCCCUUUACCAAUAUCAAUGAGUGGGAUUGCAGGACAAAGUAUCCAUCACACUCUUGGAAAUCCUCCAGCACUUCCGCCUAUUGAUCUGGUGGGACAGGGAGCUGGUGGUGUGCAACAUGAGCAUGACAGCCAUGGCUCUGAGAAGCAUCCACACCCCCCUUCAGAUGAGUUGACAAAUGGUGGGAAUGACACAAUGGGGGAGAAGAAAACUAUGUGUGAUUUUAAGAACCAAGCACUAUUCCCAAAUCAUGCAACAGAAAAUGAAAACUCUACUGACAAAGAGACAAAUACAUGUCAGAGACUUGAGAACUGUCUUUCACAUUCAACCACAAAGCCAGGAAAACAUGAAAAUAAAACCACGCUAGCAAGAGAACCCCCAUUACCCUUGGAGAAGAGCAAAACACCAACAUUAGAUGAUACCAAAAAACAAGGAUGUGAUAUGCUGGAAGAGAACCCAAUUCCUUCAUCAACUGAAUUGGUCUCAGACCAAAAGAAGGAUGCAAAAAGUAGAAAUAAGAUAUCUGAACACACAAGGGAUAAGCUCUUCUCCUCAGAUGAUGACAUGAAGGAUGGAAGUGAUAGAAUGGAGACAGAAGAGAAAGAAGAAAAAAAUGUCUUGCCUAAAUUUGAGCAGAAACAAGUACUCCCACCAAAUGAUACUGUGGAUCAUGAUAAUAACUCUUCAAAGGAGAAUGAUGCUCAUAGACCUCAAACAUCCCAGUUAUCUUCAUCAGAGCAUGAUACCAACAUUCAAGGAGUGAAAAAUACUGGACAGAGUUUGGAGCAUCUAGCACCUCCAAGAGAUUUUGUGAAACACAAACAUGAUAUGACAGGAGAUGAAGACAUCUACUGCAAUAAUAGGAAGAACCACCUGGACUCAUCAGAUGAGCCAAUGAAACAUGCAAAUGACAGUGAAGGGCUAGAAAACACCAAGUCAGACUUCAACAAUUAUUCAAUGCCACCAAGAAAUACAGCAAGGCAAGACAAUAAGACCUCUGAUGAGGACAAUAGCACUCUAGAGACACAGAAACAGAUGUCACCAGGUGACCUUGUAAAGCCUGAAACUAAGUCAGACAAAAAAGAGGCUCAACAUACCUCUGAGAAGUUCCAGUCGUCUUCUUCAAACAAAGUGCCAAAUUGUCAAGACAGAAGCUCUUCAAGGGAGAGGAUGCAAACGACACCAGCAGCAGAAGACACUGGAUCACCUGCAAGAGAGGUAGUAAAAGAAGAUAUUGAGCAGCAGUUUUCUGGGAAGCACCAGCUACCUCCAUCAAGAAAAUCAGAAAUGCAUGAGGAAAAUAUUCCAGGAGACAAACAGCAAAUGAGAUUUGAAGAUCUUCCAACACCUGAUACAAAUACUGCAAAAGAGAAAGACAAACUUCCAAGUUCCAGGAAGUAUUCAUCAGUACCACCAGAAACAUUAAAUAAGAAAAGAAAUCAAGAAAAAAUUACUCCAGAACCAAAGCAAAAACCAUCAGAUUCUUCAGGUUUUAAGAAGCCUGGUACUAAUUCUGUAAAAAAAAAGGAUGAAGAUACAAAUUCUGAGAAGCUGCCUUCUUCAAACAGAGUGCUGAAGCCUCAAGAAAAAAGCACUUCAGGAGAGAGGAAGCAAAAGACGCCAGCAAGAGAGGACACCAGGUCACCUGAAGAAAAGGCUGUAAAAGAGAAAGAUAAAUACCAAGGUUCUGGAAACCAUCAGUUACCUCCUUCAAGUAAAUUAUUGAAGCCUGAGAAAAAUAUUCCAGGAGGAGAAAAACCAAAAACUGUAUCCAAAAGUUUUACAAAGCCUGAUUUAAAUGCUGUAAAACGUAAGAGCAAAGAUCCAACUUCUGGGAUGUGCCAGUCCCCAUACUCAAAUUUGCCUGUGAAGUCUCAAGAAAAUAAUGCCACAGCCAAAAAGGAGCAUUUGCCACCACCAUAUGAUGAAAAACCAACGCAUAAGACUGGUAGUCCAGAAAAGAAGAGGGAACCUGAGAGAAGAGAGAAAUACAAGAUCGGUUCUUCAGCCCAGUCAGAGAGGCACAGCAAUCAUGGCUCAGGAGAGGAGGGCCCUGUGAUGGAUUUCAGAAGCUAUCAAGCUCCAUUGCCAAGCAAUGGCAUAAACUGUAAAAGCAGUGCUGUCCCAAAAGAGACCAGUUUGUCUAAUACAGAGAAAUCCCCCAAAUCAUCCUCAUCAUUACAUGUUGCAUCAAAAGAUGAGGAAAAUCCUGCUGGAAAUAGAGAAAAGCAGCCUGGAUUUAAGAAGUACAAAGCACUCUCGUCAAAGACUUUGGUGAGGCAUGAGAAAGACGCUGCUGAAAGGGAGGGGAGUGGGCAGGCAGCUGGCAAAACAAGCGAGAAAAAAGCAGAGCUGGAGGACUGCUCUAAAGCAACACCAUUCUCAAAAUACACAGUGGAAAGCUACAGUGAAGGAUCCUUAGAUUCAGCUUUCAAACCAUUGAUCAUUAGAGUAACUGACACAUUUAAACAUCACAGCUAAAAAUUACAGCUGCAGCUUAGGCAAGAACUUACAACAGAUCAUGCUACCAAUUCUCUUGAUCUUACUUUUCUCCUUUUUUCUCCAGGGCAUUAUAUUAUCAUUUUUUAAUCACAAGGACAUUGAUGUGCAUCUAUCAGAGCUAGGUUUUUUUUCUUUCUUAAACAUUAGCCUGAAGACGUGAAUUAAAUUAAUCACUGCAAGUGAAUUAGCUAAUCACUGAAUUAAUCAUCAGUUUAUAAAUUAAAUAUGAGAAGGGCUUUGAGAUCAGUGUGAAUUCAGCCCUGCUUCAAAUUCUCUUCGCUAACUAAUGGCCUUUGUUUGGAACAAAGACAACUGUUCAGGCUGAACUCUAUUUGUAUUUACUUGUUCUAAUGAAAGUCUGCUAGUACUUCUUCCAGGAAUAGUGGUAGGCAGUGUAGCUUUAAUUAUGUCAAAAAGCACUUGUUCUAGGCUCUGCCUUUUCACAGAUUAGCAGCAACUGUUGAUCUAUUGCUGCACUGAGUGACAUUGCUAGCAGAAGUAGUGAGGGAAGGAGGGGAAUGCUUCAUUUAUCUGCAGAAAAAUCCUCAAAGGACAUUGAUGCUACAAGGGGAUUUAUGGCAAAUGCAAAUGUUCAGCCUCAUUAAUAUUAAUGUUGGGAAAAUAGUGAUUUAACCUCCUCUGAAGCUAUUUGCACUUUGGCCGUACACUGUAUGCAUUAUUGUUGUAAAGGUACACCAUUUCAAGGGGUUCUUAAUUACUGAAAAUGAAUAUGCAACAAGUGUAAGAGCUCAAAAAAGCUCGACUCUGAAAGGCCAUGAGGACAAGGUAAGCCAGAGUGGCUCAACACUUUGACAUGGCAAUUCAGCUCUUCCUGGGACAUCUGUCCCACUCCAAAUGCUGGGGCACACAGACAUGAGGCAGGUGCCUCAGCUCACAUUUAAAGUCUUAGGAAGUCUUUAUUUUACAGUGCAAUGUGAAAUAGAGCAGUAAAAAGCAGCCAGUGUCACUGAAUCCUACUAAUGCAGUAUGAUUUUUUGUGUUUACAAUAAUAGCCUCUUCUGCAAAAAGUUUGUGUGUGAUGAAUGUUGUUUUGGAGAAGGGAGGGCAGGGUUGCUGCCUUGAGUGUCUUAGUUAAGCCGUGACAGACAGAACGUCCCACAGCGCCAACUCUCCCAUACACUAGUUUAGCUUAGCAUUGUAGCCACACAUUCAUAUUAAAACCUACUGUGGAGGAACCCUAAAGGCAUAUCCUAAGGAUCCAACUUCAGGAGGAGAGAGGGUUUGUACAAACAAGGUCCUGCUUCCCCAUGGCAGUGAAUUCCCUUCCAUUUUUAUGAUGCUCUCCAUGACCACACUCCACAGCUGAGGGCUGGCUGUUCCUUAAGCCCAGGUUGGCAGAGUGCCCCCACCCACUGCCAUCAAGAGACUAAGGACAAGAACAGGCUGGCAGCAAGCUGAGAUCAAACCCGUUUGCCAGCACAAUGCACACGAGUCACGUAAGUGACAACUGGGCUGGCCCGGUCGGGGACAUGUGAACAUCGUGUUUCCUGACCACUGAAGAGGCUGAAACUUUGACUUCUUUUUCCUUCCCAACCUGCCAAGAAUUAGGCUUUCUGGCAUCUGGAGGGUCACAAAAUGAAAACUGCAUUUGUAUAUCACACUCCAGUCCUCAAAAACUAAAAUAGAUUUUAUUGGAGAUACAACACUGCCCUUACACACAGAGGUUUACUUCACCCACCAAGCUGUUACAAGCUGGCAAACAUAAAGGCCACUUUGUACUAAACCUAAAGCCUAAUUUACUUUUUCUUGUCCAUUAUUUCAUUUCACAUUUGAGAAAAGUCCUUAAAGCAUAGAGCAUUUGCAACAGACUUGAAUAAAAAUUCCCUAUUAGCUGGCUUCUCCUGCCUGCACAGGAGAAUCACAGAAUCACAGAAUCGCUGUGGUUGGGAAAGAUAUCUAAGACUAUUGUGUCCACCUAUUACUCAGCACUGCCAAGUCCACCACUAAACCAUGUCCCUAAGCAUCACAUCCACAUAUUUUUUGAACACUUCCAGGGAUCGUGGCUCCACCAUUUCCCUGGUCAGCCUGUGCCAAUGCCUGACACCCAUUUUAGUGAAGAAAGUUUUCUUAUAUCCAAUCUAUACCUCCCCUGGCACAACUUGAGACCAUUUCCUCUGGUCCUAUUGCUUGUUACUUGUGAGAAGAGACCAAUACCCAGCUCACUACAACCGCCUUUCAAGUAGUUCUAGAGAGCGAUGAGGUCCCUCCUCAGUUUCCUUUUCUCCAGGCUAAACACCCUCAGCAGGUCCUCACCAGACUUGUGCUCCAGACCCUUUACCAGCUCCAUUGCCCUUCUCUGGACAUGCUCCAGUUCCACAAUGUCCUUCUUAUAGCAAGAAGCCCAAAACUGGGCACAGGAUUUGAGGUGUGGCCUCACCAGUGUUGAGUACAAGGGGGACAAUCACUGCCCUGGUCCUGCUGGCCACACUAUUGCUGAUACAGGCCAGGAUGCCCUUGGCCUUCUUGGCCACCUGGGCACACUCUAGCUCAUGUUUACCCACAGGUCCUUUUCUUCCAGGCACCUUUCCAGCCUCUCUGUCCUGUAGCUCUGCCUGGGGUUAUUGUGACCCAAGGCAGGACCUGGCACUUUGCCUUGAUGAACCUUGCACCAUUGAUGUCAGCCCAUGGAUCCAGCCUGUCCAGACUCCUCUGCAGAGCCUUCCUGCCCUCCAGCAGAUCAACACUCCUGCGCAGCUUGGUGGCGCCUGUGAACUGUCUGAGAGUGGGCUCAAUCCCCUUGUCCAGAUCAUUGAUAAAGGUAUUAAACAAGACUGGACCCAAUACUGAGCCCUGGGGAACACCAUGGGUGACCAAACACCAGAUGGAUGCCAAUUCCAUUCACUCUCACCCUCUGGGCCUGGCCAUCCAUUUGGUUUUUUACCCAGCAAACACUUCACCCAUCCUAGCCAUGAGCAGCUGGUUCCUCCAGAACAAUGCUGUGGAAAAUGGUGUCAAAGGCUUUAUUAAAGUCUAGUUAGACAACAUACUCAGUUUUUCCCUUACCCACUAGACAGGUCACCUUCUCAUAGAGGGAGUUUUAAUUAAUCUUAUUAGAAUUUAAUUAUUCUAAUUAGAAGCCACCUUAAUUAUUCUUUAGCUAACAUUUUUAAAGAAAGUGGGGGGGGAGGGGAACAUUGCCCCUUAUUCACACCUGGAAAUAUUAUUCCUCUGUAACAAAUUGAAGGAGCUCUUGUCUCUGGCAGAAAGUUAGACAAAUAUUAAGCAGGUGUUUCCCAGCAGAGCUUGUCCUUGGGCACCAGGAGGCCCUUAAGUCUUUCAGUUUACACCUGCCUUGUUUGUUUUUCUCAAUAGAGAUGCAACACUAGCAGACUAAGAUGCAGUAUCCUGUGUUCAGGACAAGCCAGGCAGAGUCAUCUUGUGGGGGUCAAUUUUAGGUUGUUGCGUGCCUUAAUCUCUGCUGGUAAGAUAAAACAUCCCUCCAAGUCAAAUGACCCUCCCCAAAGUACACUUAAAGCCUGACAUAGACUUGCAUUAAAUGCAUCCUUAUGGGUAAAGCCUCACUUAAGGAAAUCACUUCAUUCUGGGAUUUAGCACACUUAACCCUUCAGGAAAGAAGAGAACAAUGCCAUACAAAUUCCAGUGGUGAUGGAGCAAUAGAGUACUGGUGUGCCUUGCAGUAAACAAGUCACUGCAGACCAUGUGGGCAGGAAAUUUAGCACUGGUGAUAAGCAAAGAAAUGCCAGAAAUUAGUAUUUCAGAAAGAAAACGUGUUUGAGGAGUGAUAUAUUCAUCUAUGCUGGGGUGCCAGGUGUGCGAAUGGCCAGGCUUCAACUCUGAUGAGACCCUUUCUGAGGCAAUAGAAAACAGUUUAAUUCACAGUGUCCAGUAGUCCUUCACAGAUUUUUUUACCCCCAGGAGCAGAGGCCUUGUGCCCCUGCUAUCCUUUAGGCACAUCUCUCACUCCAUCACAGGAGAGGCAGUGAAGGGAGCCCUCCAGCUGCUGUUUCAAUUUGUCUGACCUAAUAACAGAUGCUUUUGAGGCAUCUGCCAGCACAUCUCUUGGCUUUUGUGGUUCUGGACAAUGGGUGUAAUUCCGUGCAGUUCUGUUCCUUUUCCAUACUACAGAGCUCUGUUUUACUGAUAUACAGUUCUCAAGGCAAGCAUCUCUCAAGGUCACUGGAGGAAUUAGAUCCUUAGCCUAUACUAAAGGUAGCAGGAAUUUUUUUUUUUUAAUGCUUCCUUAAAGCCCUGGCUUAGCUAUAGACACAGAUACACAAUCACAACCAGGCCAGGAACAGGGAAUAUAAAAAAAAAAAAAGCCCAGGUAGACAAGGUUUCUCAAGGUUCCCUCUCUAUGGUGACGUAUUUUGAAAUUUCAUAUUCUUACGGAAUUAGACUCUCAUGGAAAGAGAUUUUUUAAGGAGACUGGGAAAAAUUAAUGACAAUGUUAUUGCUUCAAGCAUAGUCCAUUGCUUUUGAGUCUCCAAAGUGUAGCUUUCCAGAAGCUUUUGAAACCCUUAAUAAAAGAGGCAUUUAAGGGGAGUCCAGACUCUGAGCUGGAGCUGGGGUACCUGAAGGGUCCCAUCUGCAGAAGCAGGUCUGAGGGGGGCUCAGUAGUUAGUGGUGGGUAGAGGUUGAGGCAACAGUAAACCAGGCAGGCUCCCAGUACCAGCCAUCAGUAAAGUCCUUCAGACUUUUUAUGUCCUCUCUAAUUACACCAUAGUCAAAUUUCCCCGAGCCCUUCUUCUUGGCAGGACACCUGCCAGAUGGGCUUAGUAAUACAGAAACCACAAAAGGAUUGCUUUGGGGUGAUUUGGAUAGUCAAGCUUGGAUCUGGCCCAUCAGUGUGAUGGUACAGUCCUCUUCACAGUGCUGGACAAGUGCCCACCAUCUCCAGCAGCCCCACUCAUCCUCCCACAUUUCUGACUGAAGGACAAACCUCUGCCUUUGGUCCCCAAACUCAGAAAAAGUUCAACUGCCCUCUGUAUGUGCCUCUCUCUCCCUCCAUCUCCUGCAGCAAUGCAGUCCUUGACUGAGGCACUUGGGUCUGACUGGGACAAACCCAGGCCUCAGAGCCCAGGUUUGCAAAGAGACCAUCACUUUCUCCAAAAGUUUAAUGAAGUGAAAGUACUGCCUAUAUUUCUGGGACUUCAGGUGCUAGGAGAGCUCAGAGGCCCCAUGGGAGAGCUCCCUCUCCCCCCAGUUCAGGAAGGGCUGCUCAGCUAUGCUGGAUGAGCAUUGUCUCUAUACAAGUACAACAAAGAGCUCCUCAUUGAUUUUUUUUACUUUUCAAAUUUAAAAAGGGCACAUAAAGCAUAGCUGUUCACAGAAAAAGAAGCCCAAACCCUGUGAAAGUUUACCCCAUGGAAGAGCAGGGGCCAGUGCUGUAUCAUGAGACACGACUGGUCCACUGCAGUGUCAGGAAAUGUGACACUACUUUUACCCAGACACUGAAACCAGGAAGAAAUAGUUGUCCCAGUAGUGCUGUCUGAUUCCAAAUUGUUCAAAUGAAAUGAAAAAAAUUAAUGAAUGCACAUUUUUUUGCUCUGAACUUAGUGAAAUAACUUAGUAAUUGAUCACCAUCUUCUUCAGUUGGAUAACCUUUAACACAUCACACAUGACAAGAAAGAUAGAGACCAAGACCUCAGGUUGUACCAUCUGACUCAGGUUUCCCCCUUUGUACUAUUUUGGAUGUCAAUGGAACUGGUAAAAGAAGAAAGCACUAAAGAUAACAGCAGAGACCUCAUAUCCCAGCACACGGGACUACUGAGCAUCUGUCCCAGGCCCAAGAUGCCGCAGAUGAAAUGUGGGCUGCUGACAGUAGAAACGCCCCACCUAAUGGUUGAAUUUAUAAAGCAGGCUGCAGGCAAGCAGUGGUGAAAGCAGAGGAAAAAUAGUGCCAGGAAUAGUGGGAAAAUUUAGGGAAAUAUUUCUUCUUUUAUUCCUGUGCCACUAUGGACGCCAUCCAAAAGAAGUUUUUCUGGUCGAUCAGAGAAAACUGACAAGUAAUAACUGGGAUCCUUAUGGAUUUUGAGGCAGUGGGUUUCUCUGGAACAUUAAAGUAAAUCUCUGUUACCUGAGAAAUGAGCACAGGGAUAUGUAUUACCAGCAAAACAGUUUUAACUAUUGCGCUCACAAUGUGGUUUCCAAAAUGUAUUAGGUCCUGUGAGCUUUGUUUCUCCUUUUCAUUUCCAUAAACAUCUUUUUAUAGAAUUGAAAUAUUUUUCACUCCGUGAUGAGAAUUUAGGAAAAAAUAGGGGGAAAAAAAGCUUGCUGGGUAUCGACUUUCCUGCCAACUAAAAGACUUUUUGUAUACUGAAUAACCAAUGAAUCAGCUGGCCAGUAUUUUACCUCUUAUGACCUGAAGGACCUGAAAGACUUUAGGGAAUUGCUACAUACCUCCUGUUACUGCUCUUGGUAGUAACCUCAAUGUGUCCUUAGUUGUAGGUGCAAGAACAACUUUGUAAGAUGGUGGGAUUUUCAUUUGGCGAACAAGCACUGCAGCAGGCUCUCAAUGGUGCUUGUCAUGCAACAGCAGGAAUGUAGUGCCAGAGGGAAAAAUCACUGGGAAAGUAAAGCCAUAAAAAUCUAUAAUGCACUGAACUGGUUAUCCUCAAAAGCCACCAAAUAGCUGUCAUGGGCUCUGUUUUAAAAAAUUGAUAGUGACCCUGAAUAUUCAAAAAGGGGCAUCUUAUCAUAGAUCUGAUUUUUGGGGGAAGUGGUCAGCAUUUUCUCUCUGAAAAUCAAGAUUCUUUCAUAUGAUGCCUCCUGUUAGGCAACCAAAGCCCCUUCUAAAUAAAUUUACCCAGGUUCCUGAAAUACAGGAGAGUUUCAUGGGCACCUACUUGCCCCUGCACCUACAAAAGAAAAGCAUGUGAGCAAAAAAACUGGUGUGCAGGGAUGGCCAGCUCUCUGCAGCCCUGUAGGUGAAUGCAGCCAGCGCCUUGCUUCUACCACAAAGAAUUGCAACCACCUUCUGCAGGCUGUACACCUUCUUUGACCCGCACAAUGCCAGUUGCUGCAGUUGCUGCAGUUGCUGCAGUUACUGGUUGAGAUGCAGUCUAAAAAGCAGGUGAGUCCUUCCCAUUGCUGUGCUUCCCAAGACUUCUGUAAGGAAUCAAAGAAAGAAACCUUUUGGACACUUCAGAGCCAGUCCAUCCUUCUCAAGAAACAACUGUGAAGUCAAAUUACAUCAUCAGAAAUCCUUGUGUCCCUUGGGAUUUGUACCAAUACAAUGGACUAUCAAAAGGCAGUUCUGGAUUGCUAACCCAGUUACUGAGAUCUUUCAUUCUUCUCAGGAAUGGGAACAGUGCAGGUAGCAGUGAUCCAAACACCCAAAUAAGGUCCCACAAAAUGUAUCCCAACUCUGUCUCCAAGCUCCAGGACACUUAUUCCAGAAGACCAGAAAUACCCAAAAGACAUCUUCCUUAUUAACUCAUUUAAAUUACACACAUCAUGUGACAAGAAAGUCUGUACCAUUGUCAUGGCAUACAGAUUUCUUAAUAAAACUAUUCUCCUCCUCA